AAAUGAUUAAAAAUAUUAUGAAAAUGCUUUUUACAAUCCACAUGGGAGUCCAACAAUAAUUCUUCAAGAUUACGUUGACGCACCGGAAGUUUCUUAAUUGCACUGAACUUUGGCGAUGUCAUCUUUCUCACAACUUUCUGGGACAGAUGACCAAAAACAAGAAAAAAGAAAAGGGAGCAGUAAGAAAAAGGAGAUCAUGUUACAAAAAAAUAAUUUUUAAGCUAAUUGGCAUUUGGCGAAUCAUUAUUUUUUACAUAAAGUUGUACGAUGUUAAAUAACUACCAUUAUCAAUAUCCUUACAUUGCAAUAAUUGCGGAAUAAUAUUUCUGCUUGACUUUAACGUUUCCCCAGAUAAUAUCUACGUUUGCCAUAUUAAUAAAACAGCUUCCAACAUCGGGAAAAUUUCAGCAUCUCUCUGGGAGUCGAUAAAUCCCUUCCGUCGAAUUUCCUCGCUACGAACCCUGGAUAUAGGGUCGAAAUUUGAUCCACGGUAACGGCAACAUGUUCCGGCCACCCCAUUGGCAAGGGCUGUCGUCCAAACCGACCCCGCAGCGACCUCCGACCAAUAAAAGUCCUGCGUAAAAUUUCUGCACGGCCGUGGUCUGGUUUGAACUUCUAAUAGAGCCCGGAUUUUGAUAUUUGCAACCAUAAGCUAGUUUUGACCGGCCGAGGGUGUGGUGUGGUGGUUUUCUGUAGUGGACUGUGCCCCCCAAAAGUUGUUACUAAUGAAAAUGUCUUUUACUAGUGACCACGGCCCAUGGGAAGCCAACAACGGGCCAGAAUUCCCAGGGUAUCCCGCCGACAUCAACGGUUACGGCGGCCUGUGGGACCCCCAUCACUUUCCAGGGCAAAAUCCUGCUCUUCCGGGUUAUCCCGACAUAUUAACUGCGUUCAAUUCUGAUCUCGUAUGGCCUAGGCAACAGUGUGGCGGCUUAGUGUCGAAUCGCAUGGGAAGAAACGGAUCAGGAAGCUCGCAGUCGAGCAAAAAACCAAGAAGAAGAGUUGCGACGAUUGCCCAACGAAGGGCGGCAAACAUUCGAGAGCGCAGACGCAUGUUCAACUUAAACGAAGCAUUCGACAAGCUUCGCAGAAAAGUCCCGACAUUCGCUUACGAGAAAAGGCUUUCCCGCAUCGAAACGUUACGCUUGGCCAUCACCUACAUUAGUUUUAUGACGGAAUUGCUGCACGGCCAUCCUAUGGACGUGAAGGGAGGAGAUAUCUACCCGCAAAGGGAAUACAUUUCCUAUGGUUUAAUCAACUGAGCAGCCCUUGUUUUGUUAUUGUGUUUCUGUGAUACGUUCGCGUACUGUAUUAGUCCAACAUGUCUUCCAUUAUUAAAUAUUAUACAA